GAGGGGCCGAGAGCAGAGGCAGAGGCGCGCAGGGGAAUCCGCGGCGGGGCCAGGCGGGGCGGUCGCUCCAGCAGCCCCCUCCCCACCGCCUCCUCCUCCUCCUCCCCCUCCUCCUCCUCCUCCCCCUCCGGCCCGAGCGCUGCGGAGGUUCUCGCUGCUGCAGCCUCUCCGUGCGCGGCUCGCCCAGGCAGCGCUGCCAGCGGGGAUCGCCAGCCGGACAGCGCCAGCUUUGCCGCCGCCGCCGCCCCUGCUCGCCCCCCGGCAGUCUCGCUGGCCCUGGGCGGCAUGGCGGGGAGCCUCCCGGGACUGCUGCUGCUGCUGCUCCUCUUGCCGCUGGCGUCCCCGCAGCCGCCGCCCCCGGCCUCGCUCCAGCGGGGGAGCGUGUGGUGCCCCAGCCGCUGCCUCUGCUUCCGCACCACCGUGCGCUGCAUGCACCUCAUGCUGGAGAGCGUCCCGGCCGUGGCCCCGCAGACCUCCAUCCUAGAUCUUCGGUUCAAUCGAAUUAAAGAAAUCCAACCUGGUGCAUUUAGAAGGCUUAAAAAUUUGAACACAUUACUCCUCAACAAUAAUCAUAUUAAAAGAAUUCCAACUGGAGCAUUUGAGGACCUUGAAAAUCUAAAAUAUCUCUAUUUGUACAAGAAUGAAAUCCAGUCAAUUGACAGGCAAGCAUUUAAAGGACUUGCCUCUCUAGAACAACUAUAUCUGCACUUUAACCAGAUUGAAACAUUGGAGCCAGAAUCAUUCACUCAUCUUCCCAAACUUGAAAGAUUAUUUUUACACAACAAUAGAAUUUCUCAUUUAAUUCCUGGGACAUUUAGUAAUUUGGAAUCCAUGAAACGUCUACGUCUGGAUUCCAAUGCACUUCACUGUGACUGUGAAAUAUUAUGGCUGGCAGAGCUGUUAAAAACAUACGCCGAAUCUGGCCAUGCGCAGGCUGCAGCCACAUGUGAAUAUCCAAGGAGGAUCCAGGGAAGGUCUGUGGCCACGAUAACACCAGAAGAACUUAACUGUGAGAGGCCAAGAAUUACAUCAGAGCCUCAGGAUGUGGACGUAACCUCAGGGAAUACCGUCUACUUCACUUGCAGAGCUGAAGGAAAUCCCAAACCAGAAAUCAUUUGGCUUCGCAACAAUAAUGAACUCAGUAUGAAAGCAGAUUCUCGAUUAAACUUGCUUGAUGAUGGGACUUUAAUGAUUCAGAAUACGCAAGAGACAGAUCAAGGCAUUUACCAAUGCAUGGCAAAAAACGUAGCCGGAGAAGUUAAAACUCAAGAAGUGACUCUGCGCUACUUUGGUUCGCCAGCUCGGCCAAGUUUUGUGAUUCAUCCACAAAACACAGAAGUUCUGGUUGGAGAAAGUGUCACCUUGGAAUGUAGUGCAGCUGGGCACCCCCAACCACGCAUCACGUGGACAAAGGGUGACAGAACACCUCUGCCAAAUGACCCACGGGUCACCAUCACUCCGUCAGGGGGGCUUUACAUCCAAAACGUGGAGCAGGAAGAGGCUGGCGAAUAUACCUGCUUUGCAACCAACAGUCUCGAUAGCAUCCAUGCAACCGCCUUCAUUAUUGUGCAAGCUGUUCCUCAGUUUACUGUGACCCCUCAAGACAGAAGCGUGAUUGAAGGGCAGACUGUCGAUUUCCCUUGUGAGGCACAAGGAUAUCCACAACCAGUCAUUGCAUGGACUAAAGGAGGUAGUCAGCUGUCUGUAGAUAGAAGACACUUAGUUUUGUCUUCUGGAACUCUGAGGAUUUCCGCAGUGGCCUUACAUGAUCAAGGACAAUAUGAAUGUCAGGCUGUCAACAUUGUAGGAUCUCAAAGAGUUGCUGUCCAUCUGAAUGUACAACCAAGAGUAACUCCUGUGUUUGCUAAUGUUCCAAGUGACAUGACAGUGGAAGUGGGCACAAAUGUACAGAUUCCAUGCAGUUCUCAAGGAGAACCAGAGCCAGUAAUAACAUGGAAUAAGGAUGGUGUUCAGGUGACAGAAAGUGGGAAAUUCCAUGUUAACUCUGAAGGAUUUCUUACUAUUCGAGAUGUUGGCCCGGCAGAUCAAGGCCGUUAUGAAUGCGUAGCAAGGAAUACGAUUGGAUAUUCCUCGGUUAGCAUGGUACUAACUGUGAACGUUCCUGAUGUGAGUCGAACUGGAGAUCCCUUUGUAGCAAGCUCAAUUGUUGAAGCUAUUGCUACUGUUGACCGAGCAAUAAACUCCACACGCACACAUUUGUUUGAUAGUCGCCCUCGAUCGCCAAAUGAUUUACUAGCCCUAUUUCGAUACCCAAGAGAUCCUUACACUAUCGAACAAGCAAGAGCUGGAGAAAUAUUUGAAAGGACGCUGCAACUAAUUCAGGAACAUGUACAAGAUGGUUUAAUGGUUGACCUUAAUGGAACAAGCUAUCACUAUAAUGAUCUGGUAUCCCCGCAGUAUUUGAAUCUGAUCGCUAACCUGUCGGGCUGCACUGCCCAUAGGCGUGUGAAUAAUUGUUCCGACAUGUGCUACCAUCAGAAAUACAGAACACACGAUGGGACGUGCAAUAAUCUCCAGCAUCCGAUGUGGGGAGCCUCUCUCACAGCCUUUGAACGACUGCUGAAAUCAGUCUAUGAAAACGGUUUCAAUUUGCCAAGGGGCAUCGGAUCUAAUCGACAUUACAACGGAUACACGCUCCCAAUGCCCCGUUUGGUAUCAACUACGUUAAUAGGGACCGAAACAAUAACUCCAGAUGACCAGUUCAGUCAUAUGCUAAUGCAGUGGGGCCAAUUCCUGGAUCAUGACCUUGACUCCACGGUGGCUGCCCUAAGCGAAGCCAGGUUUUCAGACGGUCAGCAUUGUAGUUCAGUUUGUACCAAUGACCCUCCGUGUUUCUCUAUCAUGAUCCCGCCUAAUGAUCCUCGGGUCAGAAAUGGAGCACGGUGCAUGUUUUUUGUACGUUCCAGUCCCGUGUGUGGAAGUGGCAUGACCUCCCUUCUCAUGAACUCCGUCUACCCACGAGAGCAGAUCAAUCAGUUGACCUCGUACAUUGAUGCCUCCAAUGUAUACGGCAGUUCAGAGCAUGAAGCGCAAGAGGUCAGGGACUUGGCAAGCCACCGGGGCCUCCUGAGGCAGGGUAUUGUGCAGAGAUCCGGAAAGCCUCUUCUCCCAUUUGCGACGGGCCCUCCAACAGAAUGUAUGAGGGAUGAGAACGAGAGCCCAAUUCCCUGCUUCUUAGCUGGAGACCAUCGAGCCAAUGAACAGCUGGGACUCACCAGUAUGCACACACUGUGGUUUCGGGAACACAACAGGAUUGCUACUGAAUUACUGAAGCUGAACCCACAUUGGGAUGGCGAUACAAUAUAUCACGAAACACGUAAAAUCGUUGGUGCGGAGAUGCAGCAUAUAACCUACAGCCACUGGCUGCCCAAAAUCCUGGGAGUGGUGGGCUUGAAGAUGCUCGGUGAAUAUAAAGGUUAUGAUCCCAACGUUAAUUCUGGCAUAACAAACGAAUUUGCAACUGCAGCUUUUAGGUUCGGACACACCUUGAUCAACCCCGUCCUCUAUCGAUUGGACGAGAAUUUCGAAACUAUUCCGCAGGGCCACAUCUCUCUCCAUAAAGCUUUCUUUUCCCCAUUCCGGAUUGUAAAUGAAGGAGGCAUCGAUCCGCUCCUUCGAGGGUUAUUUGGCACUGCCGGUAAGAUGCGUGUGACUUCUCAGUUGUUGAACACUGAACUGACGGAGAGACUCUUCUCCAUGGCUCGGGCCGUAGCUCUCGAUUUGGCUGCCAUGAACAUUCAGAGAGGGAGAGAUCACGGGAUCCCACCCUACCACGAAUUUAGAGUCUUUUGUAAUCUGUCUUCCACACACACAUUUGAAGAUCUGAAAAAUGAAAUAAGGAAUCCCGAAAUCAGAGAAAAACUCGAACGAUUAUAUGGUUCACCACUGAACAUAGAUUUAUUUCCUGCUCUUAUACUAGAAGAUCUAGUUCCUGGAAGCAGGUUGGGACCUACUCUGAUGUGUCUCUUGAGCACACAGUUUAAACGUCUCCGAGAUGGAGACAGGUUGUGGUAUGAGAACCCAGGUGUGUUUACUCCAGCUCAGUUGACUCAGGUCAAGCAGUCGUCCCUUGCAAGAGUUCUCUGUGACAACGGGGACAACAUAACCAGAGUGCAACGGGAUGUUUUCAGAGUGGCUGAGUUCCCACAUGGCUACGGAAGCUGUGCUGAAGUUCCCAAAGUGGAUCUCAGGAUGUGGCAAGACUGCUGUGAAGAUUGCAGAACUAGAGGACAAUUCAAUGCAUUUUCUUACCACUUCCGAGGAAGGCGCUCCCUUGAUUAUAGUUUUCGGGAAGAUAAGCCUUCAAAAUACCUAAAAAUUCCAAGAGCAUCAAGUUUUGCAAGAGGGAAUACAUUCUUUAACAGCACUACUUCAUCCUUUAAUGAGCACAAGAAAUCCCCCAUAAUGAAUGAUUUCAAAGAAUUUGUUGGAGAUAUGCAAAAAACAAUUACAGACCUCAGAAAACAGAUAAAGAAACUUGAGUCACGGCUGAGCAGAACCGAAUGUACUGAUGAAAACGGCAAAUCUUAUUCGAGUAAUGACACGUGGAAAAAAGACCCCUGCACCACAUGCGAAUGCAAGGUUGGUCAGGUCACCUGUUACGUGGAAUCGUGUCCGUCACUUGAUUGUGCUACACCUGUGAAGCUGAAGGGCAUUUGCUGUCCAGUGUGCCUAAAACAAACUGUUAGCAAGGAAAAUGCACCCUAAGUCCCAAUUGUCACGUGUCAAAGUCAUAUUGAUAUCUGCUGAUGGCAAAUACAGGUAACAAAUACAGGCUUUAAACCACAAUAGAGAACCAAGAUGUUAAAGGAGAAUAGCAUUCAGAUGACGGGGUAACAGUGUUUCUUAUCCAUUGGAAAACCACCAGGUGAAAGCAUUGAAAGGGAAUACACAGUGUUAGUCAAGAUAAUUUUGUGUUGAAACUUCUCAGGUUCAAGAGACUAAAAACUGGUGCUAUUUUUUUAAAGCAUUUGUUUAGUUUUUUUUAGGCUCCCAGGUUGAUUUUUCUUUCUUUGCACACUGGUAGGAAAUCAGGUGCCAUUGGAGGAAAUAAGGUCCACGUAACAUAACACCUGGGUUUACACAUUGUAUUAUGUGGUUCUGUAAACCAUGGCUUAGUGCUAGGUGUAUUUUUACUACCAUUAUAGCUUAGUGAAUGCACCAUGGUAAAAUCAUGGCUUAGUGCAAUAUAUGUGAACACAGAUAUUGCCUGCAUUCAUAUAUCAUUCAACUGAUACUUGACCAUGUCAUACUGAAUAAACUACAGUUGGCUGAAUUCAGACAAUGUUAGGCCUGCCGUGCCUGGGCUGCAGAACUCUGGAGUACCACUAGAUGGCAGCAAAGGAUGUAUGAGAAAACAAUAUUUGGAUUUUUGGAUUCUGGUUCUGUGGCCCUGAAUAAUAUGCUACACUAUAAACAAAGUUUUUCAAAGACCAGGGUGGCUGGUUUCACAUAAUCCGGUAACUAGAACUAAACAAACCAAAACAAAUGUUUUAGUAUGAUACAAACACGAGGUCAGACUUGAAAGGUAUUUGACUUAAAAAGCUAAUCAUGCCAGAAUAUCAUUACCACAAUAACAAAAUCGUACUUAACUUGCAGUAUUAAUUCUAAUUGAGUCCAAGAAUAAAAAAACUGCUUAAUUUUGGCAUCUGAUUUUUACACCCCUGUAGUAUUAAAUCUUUCCCUAUCUGAUGCCUGCAUCUUUCAUCAUUUAACUUCCAGUGUAAUACAAUGUUUCCCAAGUUUGCAAACUUUCAUGUUUUUAUGAACUCCAGAGCUGGAAUUCCUUGGCCAGAUUGGCCUUUACUGGUCAUUCUUGGAGAGAAUGAAGCCCAGAAAAAGAUACUGAUGGAAAAUAAAAAUCAUAUCACAUUCUCAUACUUCUUGGUUUAAAGGGCAAUUUGCUCAGCUGCUUUAUAUUUUUCACCUAUGUUACGUUUCCCUGCUUAUUCUUGAGAUGUUCAGGCUAUCUGUACUUCCGUUUCCCAUCUAAAUUCGUCUUUCUUAUGUAUAGUACUGCAAACUUGCUCAAGUUGUCCAAGAAAUCUGCCACAUCAGAAUUUAAUUUAUAGAUGUGUAAUAAUCCCAGAAUUCAAAUCUGUCUGGGAACUCUAAUCCUUACGAUGUGGAUACUGUCUGUAUUCAUUCAAUGAUAAUAUUUGACCUUGCCCUUUAUCAUUACCUUCCAAGGCUGAGCCUCCUAUUGAAAAAGGUGGUGAGGAUUGUUUCUUGGGUUAUUUGUGUUUCAUAUUAAUUCUGGCCCCCAUAAAUAUUCAGCAUCUGAUGUUUUAGGCAUCCAUUAUUCAUUAUUCAUUUGCUACAAACAUAUAGAUUCUUAUUUUCCUACUUUAUAUCUUAGUAAUGCUAAGAUAUAAUGUUAUAUUUGUGCUGAGAAAUAAACCAUUAUGGAAUCUCCUUUAUCAUAAUAAACCUUUGGCACAGAAUGAUGGCUGAAGGGGCGGGAGGCAUUAUGCUUUUCUGGAAAAUAUGUAGUAAUGGAGAAAUUAAUCAAACAGGAGUUAAGAACCAUCUUGGGAAUAUUAUCUUUGCAUAUGCCACCAUGAUUUUUGAAAUCUAUUAUCUCUUCUAGCACCUUUCUGACAUGUAACAUACUUUCACUGCUGAGUGCAUUCUGACCUCCCAGAAUCCAUUUUGAUUCUUCCUAAUAGAUUUGGGCUAUCAGAUCAGCAUUUCUUUGUUGCCAUUUAGUGGUUAUCUGAAUUCUAGCCUACCAAAUCCGAUAGCCUUAAAUACGUUCAUGUCCUCUUAAAAAAUGCUCCAAGAAUGUGUUUUACAAACUUGGCAAAUGUAGGAUGUGUGGACUUCAACUCCCAAGAAAUCCCCAGCAACGCAUGAGUUACACUCAUCUUAACAUGGUCAAGAAUGAAUACAUUGUCAAGAGAGCAAUGAUGUCUUAAUCAAUUGUUCCAGACUGUCAGGUUUCAACAAAAUUGUUCUUUGUAUGAUCCGGAUCCUACAGUUUUAGAAACAGAUACAGCUAUAGAUGUAGAUAACAGCAUUUUUGGCCUGAGUACCAGGAAGGUUUAAACUAUGAUUCUGCAAUGUGCUUUUCCCCUGAUUUACUAACUGAGAAAAUACCUUGAAAAUGUGAACAUUAAAAGCCCCAGGAGGUGAGGGUUUCAGGAAAAGAUGACAAACAUCACACUGGUUAAGUGUACAGUUUUCCAGGAAAAGACAUUCCAAAAUGACAUCCGCCUUCUGACCUGAAUUAUUCCGUAGCCUGAAAACAAACGUCAUGCAUUCAUCGGUAUAUAAAAGGCACCAACCUUUAAUGAAAAUGCUGCUAAAGCUCCUCUAAAAUAUUUUGUGAACAAAUGAGAUGUACUAAAGCAGUGUGCAUAGACCAGCACCUAAACUCUAUUGAUCCUGGAUAGAUUGUUGCAUGAUUUUGAAAUAAAAUCUAUUAGUGUGAAGGAACCAAACAUUUCAAAGUCUUUGAUUACAUGGCACCAGUUUUCCCUACUUAAUACUUCUGUCAAAAUCAUGUUAAACAUUACUGUGUGUGAAUCUCUAUACCCAGAUAUGUGUUUUAAGGACUGUUGUUAUUAUGUCUACAUUAAUAUACCACUGUUUACCUUUGUUUUCAAUAUCGUCUUUUUUUUAUAACCAGCAUGUAUUGUUACAGUCAGAGAAGAAAAGCUGUCAUACCUCAUUUGACCGAUGUCUUUGUCUUCAUGAUGCAAAUCAUUAACUUGUAGUAUUUAGCUGUCUUCUGAAGUGACAUUGAUCAGUUUUCAGGGGUGAAAGCAAAAUCAUACAGUUUUAAUAAGAGGAAUUAAAAAGAGGAAUUUGUUUAGUAAAUACUCUACCAGGAUCUGUCAGUAGCUGCUUUAGAAAAGUAUUUUGGGAAUACAUAGUAAUUGACCAACAAAUUUUACAGAACUGUUCAAAGAGUACUAUCUUAAACAUUUUUACUUAAAAAUAAGCCCAAACUUAGUAGGACUUACAACCAGAUCAACAGGCACAGGGUGGAACUCGAAAGGAAAUUCUUAGAUAAAGAUUUGAUGCCCAUGAAGUGAAGACAUACUUUAAAAAUUGUACUUUAUUUUAAGGAUUACCUCUUAGGCCUUUCAGGACCUCAGUAAAUUCUCUAUUUCACAAUCCAGAUCAUGUUUUUUCCUGUAGGGGUUUUCACUAGAAUUCUUUCAUAUUUCUGCAAAUUAACAAAUUAUGCUAGAUAACCACAACUGAAGCAUGUUUCUGCAGGUAUAAGACAAGGUUCAAUCUUAACAAAUUACUAAUGACCAUUUAUUUAGGUGCUGCAGCUACACUAAAAAAAAAAAAAAAACACCCGCUCAGGUAUUUUGCAAUACAGGCAUCUGCAAAUCUAUUCAAACUAAAUCAUAUUCAAUAUCUGUAAAGGGGUAUAGGGUUACAUCAUGGACACUGAAGAGUAUAUUUUCCAAGAAUCUGUAACCAAAGAACUCUGGCUUCGUAUAUUGAAAUAAAACAAAUAUUUGAUCAGUAGGGUUAGGGUUAUCUCCAUGAAAAAGAUCCAGUGAGUCAUUGAAGAGAAGGUUUGCAGCCCAUUUCUGUUAACACUAUAAUCAGUAUUGUUCAAAUAGUAUGUAAAAUGAUGUAACUUCCAGCAUUUAUAGCUAAACAAAUAGCAGAAAAUGUUUGGUGUUAAACCAAAUUAGGAAAUAGACCUAAUUCUAUAAUUAUCACGUAAAUCAAAUAUUAUAAAAUGAUUUUUUUUACAUUUUUGCCAAUUAAAAAUUCAUGUAGCAUUUUUGAGACAGUGGCCGAUGGCUGAAUGAUCAUUUUUCUCAGUAUUUUGUUGGAGGCAAUUGUUCCAUAUUUAUUUACUUUGUUAAAAUUCCUACCGAAAAUAAAAAUAAUUACUGUACUUACUUUCUUGUACUUAAUAAAUCUACCAAAGAAUUGUUUGCACUGUUAUGAAUGCUUUUUAUUUACAAUAAACAGGUCACGUUUUUUAA